UUUUAUACAUUGUAGCCACGUACCCCUUUAUGCAAUGCUGGGCAGAGAAACUCAAAUAUUGAGCUGUGAACCAUGAAGCCUAGAAAACACGUGAGCGGAAGUGUGUGACGUGAUCAAAACACUCUGUUGGAGCACUGGGUGACAGCAAGUCCUAGUCUGUGGUAUUUCAAAAUUGCAUUUGAAUGAUCGGCGCACCAUAUUUUAUUUCAUUACAACCGCGUUACCCAUGUUUGCAUGCGUUUGUUGUACAUCGAACGAAGCAUAAAGUGUUUCCGUCUUAGAAGAAAUCGUAGCCGAGCACCAUGGUGGAGCAGUCGGAUCGCGCUCCGCUCCUGGACUGGGAGGAGGUUCCUCCGCCCGAACCGGUUCCGACAGUUCCGUCUUCACAGGAGGAAAACGAGUUGCAGUCCAGUCCGUCUAAUUGCCGACCAGCGGACAACUCGAUUCACGGAGCUGGAUGGAGUACCAGUCCCGGGGCUCCGGCGGGUGUAGCAGCUGUUACUAGCAGGGACUCGAGCUCGCCAUCCAAGCAGGGUGGACUAGGAGGCGAUGCUGAGAGCCCCGGGCAGGACAGUACGUUCCCGGGACUGUCCGUUAAGGACCGUACAGUACGCGGAUGGGAGGAAAAGGACCAAAUUAUCGCCGUGUUUGUUGUCACCUUUGAUACCAGAUCAGGUAACAUGGUGGAAUGGUGCCUUCCUCAGGAUAUGAACUUAGACGGGGUGGAAUUCAAGUCCAUGGCCAGUGGCUCCCACAGAAUUGCCAGUGAUUUCAUAUACUUCCGGAAAGGCUCGUACUUUGGGCUGGCAUGCUUUGCCAACAUGCCGGUGGAGAGUGAGCUGGAGAGAGGGGCACGGAUGAAGUCCGUGGGGAUUUUGUCUCCCUCGUACACCCUGCUCUACCGCUACAUGCAUUUUCUGGAGAACCAGGUUCGGCACCAGCUGCAGUGUCCUGGCCAGUACUCUCCUCUGGAGGCCUUCUAUGAGGAUAAGAAGGCCAUUCUUCCUCCAGGAGGAAAUGGCCUGGUCACUUCCUGUCCGACCAGUGCACUCACCACCAUGGUCAAUCGCUGCAUGCACCCCGAGAUGAAGAUCACUCACCCGGCAGGGUGCAUGUCUCAGUUCAUCCGGUUCUUUGGAGAGCAAAUCAUGGUCCUGUGGAAGUUCGCUCUGCUAAGGAAACGCAUCCUCAUCUUCUCACCACCUCCGGUUGGUGUGGUCUGCUACAGAGUGUACUGUUGCUGUUGCCUUGCCAACGUCUCCAUCCCUGGGAUUGGUGGUUCGAUGCCGGAGCUCCGCCCUUUUUUCUAUAUCAACGUGGCUGACAUCACUGCCCUGGAGACAGAGCUGUCAUACGUAGCCUGUACUACGGAGAAGAUCUUUGAGGAGAAGAAGGAGCUGUAUGACUUGUAUAUAGACAACCAGAAUGUGCGGACACACAGAGAGAGUCUGCAGCCUCUGCUCCGCCUCAACAGUGCUGACAAGGAGAAGUACCGCAAACUGAGCGAGCAGAGGCAGUUGCUGCUGUACUCUCAGGAGGUUGAUGGAGACUGCGGGGCUAAUGAAGAGGACCUCUUUAUCCUGUUCUUCAUGGAGCAGAAUAACCGGAUCUUCCAGACACUGAGUGAGGUGGCUGGGAGCUCGGACCCCACGCUGACCACCGAGCACGUGAGGGCCAUGGGCUUGGACCCGCAGGGGGACCGUGGCUUCCUGGUGGACCUGCUGGAGGUGUACGGCAUCGACGUCAUGCUGGUCAUCGACAACCCCUGCUGCCCCUGAGGGGGCCACUCAGCCACUCCCCCCAUCUUUCUGGAUGUUCUCUCGACCUUUUCUUAUACACACAAACAAACACACACAAACACACACAGACACACACACAGACACACACACACCUCUCUCUUUCUUGAUCUCUCCACACUGUGGUGAACAGAGGGAUUUUCUUCUCUCUCCUUUUUUUCUGUUGUGUCUUUAUACUAUUUCCUCUUGCUCCUGUUUUUUUUUCUUUCUUGUAUUUGUUGUUUUUAUCACUCUGCCUCCCCUUUCACUCUCUCUCUUUCUCUCUCUCUCUCUCUCUCUCUCUCUCUCUUUUCUCUCCCUCUCUCUCCCUCUCUGGACCACAGGCAUGGACAGGACUUGUGAACACUGCCUGACACUCGCAGCUCUCCUGUCCAGCACCUCCUUUCAGGGCUGGGGGAGUAGGGUGCUGAUAUCUACCCUGAACUUGAACCACCACCCUGACUCCCCCCUUCCCCCUCCCUGCAGACCAGCACUGAAACUGCCUGGAACUCAUCCACCCCACCCUGCCCCACCACCAUCAUGUGCUGUUCUGCUACUUCGCUGUGCUGUGAGGCCGUUACACGUUACGCCUGGCGGAUCAGUAUGCUCGUGUGGUUAGCGAGCCAACUGUUGACCCCCAACUAUCAAUCUGCAGUGCGGGGACUAUCCCAUCCAUCCUUAAAUGCUGUUGUUAUGCUAUCACUCUGUCCCUAGAUAUCCGUCUGUCCAGCUUUGGCCACGUUCUGUUGCUGUGGAUCAGUGGACUGUCCUCUCCUCAGUCUAGGUCUGUGGUCUUCCACUUUACCUGGGACUUUGGGAUCACCCAGUCACACACACACACACACACACACACACACACACACACUGUCCACACACCACAUUGGAAAUACACUGGACACACAUUUCUAGCUGUCUGACGGUUACGCUCACAAACCUGUACCCCCCAUUUGACAACAAACGAUACGGCUGGAUUUCUUGUGACUGUUAACAUGCGGACAUAACGCUCUGACUCUGCUGCGGUUUUGUCUCCAAACUCUGCCCAUCGUGUAUACUGUGUACGCAAUCUUUGGCUUAGUACCUCACCCCUGUAUCAUCGUCUUCAUCUGUAUAGCAUGUAGACAGCAGGUCUCUCUGGACCUGAUCUGGAUGGACAUGACACCGAUCAUGGGCCAUGGGCAUUCCAAAGCCAGAUGUGGUUUUACUGUACACUCAUCAGGUCAUUUUCCGGUUUCGUCAGUUUUCAGCUCAAAAGGGAAUUCUCAAUUUUGCCUUUCUGCUUUUAGUCAGGUUAUUUUUCGUCUCUGCAAGCGCCUGUGACCAUGCUGUCGAUUUGACAUCAUUCAGAGUUUUCUCAGGUUGUGUUUCCUCUCUGUAUCUUUCUGCUAGAAAAAAAAACAAAUCAUAGUUGUUAUUCAAUCGGUUUCAUAGCGUACAGCUCACUGGCCCUGAUGUGAAGCUGUGCUGUUUAAAGCUGGAGCAUUCCUGACUCCUCCUGGCAUUUCCUCACUUCUUGCCAGACUUCCCUUUGUGUUUGUGGAAGCCAUCUUUAUUAGCUUCUGAGAAACCCUGGGCCGUGCUGGGGCAAAAUGGCGGGGUGAGUGAGGUCUUUUGGACAGCUGCAUUGUGCAGGACGUUAUUCACUGGCUCACAGUACUGCGACUGUGAGUUUGUUGUGCCUGCACCAGUGUUGUGGCAGCACCAGUGUCCCUUUCCUCUGAGGACUUCUUUGGACUUAAAGGGAGACCUUGUUUUCAGGGUUUGUGUGUUAUUUAACGGUUCUGCUGGAAUGGCGAUUUGUAAAUGAACACAGAUACAUGUGACAUUAUGGCGUUAUGUUUAGUUUUCUGGUAAAUCUCCACGAAUGUGAUUCCAUGACACUAAUCAAUGAAAGCUGCACUACAACUCUGACGUGACAACAUGGAUGUGCUCAUGAUGUGUUGUGUGUGUGUGUGUGUGUGUGUUUUUGAAAUUCUUUUGGAGGGAAGAAAAUGUUCUACUGCUCCUGUGUGGUCUGGGCAGCCAGACUGUAGCAAUAGACCCUCAUCAGCAGGUGUUCUUGGUCUAUGUGUGUGUGUGUGUGUGUGUGUGUGUGUGUGUGUGUGUGUGUGUGUGUGUGUGUGUGUGUGUGUGUGUGUGUGUGUGUGUGUGUGUGCGUUUGUUGAACUUGGGCUCAUUUGCCGUUUGGUUAAGUUAGAUUGCACCAGCUUUUAGAUGAUAUUUGUUAUAGAUUAAGUGUAAUCCUCGGCACAUUUACUGCUAUUUCUGGGCCGCACUCGGUAUGUAUUUAUGUGUGUGUGUGUGUCUAUAUGCUUACAGUAUCUCAGCUCCAAAGCAACCCAUAUCUCCACUCUUCCCUGAGCAAAAACUCAAAAACAAAGACGUUCUCUGAGUUGGUCCCAUUGAUGUGUCUGCUGGGGAAGGGGUGUGGAGUGGGGUAUUUUUUGAGGAUUAACCCUCCUGUUCUGUUCAGACAGACCCCAUCUGUCGUGCCUGGGGUCCCUUUCACCACUGCGAUCAGUGCCUCUUCGUUUCCAUACCCAGAGAAGACACACACACACGCACACACAGUGGGUUAUAGCCUCUACUCACUUUUCACAUUUACUGGGAUGGUAAUGUUCCUUUACAAUAUUCAAACUCAAUAAAUUAGUGAAAUAUUAAUAAACAGCAACAUAAACAGGUGCAGACGAUCAGAGAAAGCAAACAUGUCCUAUUAGAGUUCAUGACUGUUGUUUUUGUGUGAGUGUGUUGGUGUUUGUAUGCAGUCUGGGCUUGAACAUGAAUUGAACCUGUUGAAUAGUGAGGUUCCAGGACUUCAUGAAGUCUCAUAAAUACAAUGCAUUUUGUGGUUAAAGCCCACCCCAUGAAUUGACUGAAAAGACACUUCUAUUUUAGUGUUAGCAUCCAUUGUCCACAGUGUUAAUGGCUCAAAAGAACCUCUUUUGCUUUAUCAUGUUUUCUGAUCAGACCAGCUAUUUCCCCAAAAGGCACUUCUGGUGGUCCCUAGAUCUGUGUAAGCUGUUCACAUCAUGUUGACCUAAUGUUCAGAUACAUGUUUUCUGUGGCUGGAUUCGACUCAUUCAAGAAUUUCCACUCCUGAGUCAGAUAUGUUUGUGUGACAUUUCCAUCCUGAUCUAAAUUUAACCCCAAUCUGUCCAAUUAAAGGGGUACCUUUUGUCUUCUGCAUCAGUAGGUAGACACAGUUGUGAUUGAAAAUGAACAUAAAGAUGCAUAAAUGAGUGAGUGAAUUACUAAUGACGAAUGAGAGAAUUAUGAUGUAUGUUAUACAUUAUAAUUUAUAGUUAUGUCAUUAUGAUGUAUGUUAUACAUUAUAAUGUAUAGUUAUGUCAUUAUGAUGGAUGUAUAUUAUGAUGUAUGUUAUACAUUAUAAUUUAUAGUUAUGUCAUUAUGAUGUAUGUUAUACAUUAUAAUUUAUAGUUAUGUCAUUAUGAUGAUGUAUAUUAUGAUGAGCAUGACGAGUGCUGGCACUUGAUGACACAAAAAGGUAACUGAAAAAAAAAAUCCCAGAUUUGUAGUCUUUGAUCUACUGAAUUUCACGAGUUAUAAAUAUGUAACAGAGCAAUAUUUAAAUUGGUAAUGCUCACAUUUGCAAUGAGUUGUUUGUAAUGAAGGGAAAGUAAAGAUGUAAAAUGGGAAUUUGCUAUUAUCUAUGUCAUGGUUCCUCCUCACUGUGCAUUCUGGCUGCAAUUUAUAAUCUGCAACGACUAAACGCUUUGUACUUCUUGACACGCUUACAGCCAGGUUUUGGCUUAAUAUUGUUUUCUUUGUGUGUCCAUGUGAAUUUCUGUAUUUUUAAGUACUGAAACGAGUAGGAAUGUACUGUACAGUUUGUAAAUAAAUUGCACCAACUGGGAGCCAUAUUUAUGUGUGUAUAAAACCGACCUCUCUAAUGUG